AUGCCUAUUCCGCAUGACGAAUGCCCUCUCCGCGUAGCAAAAGUCAGAAGUCUUUUGCUGCUCAUGCAACACAAAUUUUUUAGACAUCCAAACGCCUCCAAAUGCAGCGCCGCCAACCAACCACAGCGAGAGAAGUUUUCGCUCGCCGCCUUCUCGUCGCUGGGUCGUCUUCAAUCGAGACGCGACUGGGCGCACCGUCCACGAUCUUCUAUACCCCCGUGGUACCUACCAUCGACUACCCUUCUCGGAGCCGAUAUGGACGGUUCGACCGCCGAAAUUUGUGCCUGGGUUGGCAUUGGCGUUUUCACGACACUCGUAUCCACAGUAAAUUUUCUGUACGGGCCGUACAACAAAAACAAAUGUUGUUCCUGCAUGACAGCACUAACCUGCAAUCCUUUUUAGCACGACCAGUGUUGCACUCUAAAUUGAUGAAAUUUAUUGCCAUGCUGCAUUUUAGUGAUGUACGUGUACGUCUGGUCUACGUGCAGGGGAAAUUUGUAUUGCAUAAGUCGUUGCGGUGCUGUCCCUCGCCUUGUACCGGCUGGGUGGUGAUCAGGAGCAGCACACGCUCGCCGCCGUCGACCAGGGUCUUCUCGCCGCCGCUCUGCGCGACCAGCGAGAGACCACGCACCGGCACACCGGAGCAGGUGCUCCUGCGAAAAAGAUCACGACCUCGGUGCUAGAACUACAGCCUCGUCCGACGACAACAAGUUCCCGCGGUACUAGUAGCGGGGCCCUAAAGCUGGGGCUAUCAAAAUGAAAAAUCCCCCCUCCCCAUACUCAAAGGGCGAUUUGCGUAGCAUGAUUUGCGACCACAAGCCAUUUUGUCAUGCUAGAAGGGAAGAGAUGCGUAUUGUAGUGCUAGUGCUAGCUGGAGUUGUAGGAAAGCCUAGCGUCUUUAGCAUGACAGAAAGCAACAGGAAACGGGAAACAGCAUGACAAAUUGCCUACAAACGAGGGAGGAACUGCGUCUCUUGGCCUUCUAGCAAUACAAAGAGAUUUGUGUUGUACUCAAAUACAGCAAGAACACAAACUUCGUUUUCGAUAUGGGGAGGAGGUAUUUUUCCCCACAAUAGGGGCCGGCGGCACGCUAUUCGAGGCGGCAGCAGCUGCACCACGCGCACGUGGCCGCCGCGCACGCCCAGCGAGCCGUUGCGGACGCGCAACGCGUCAAAAGGCGCCGGCGACGGGCGCAACGGAUCCACGCCCGCAAGCACAAACCCGGCUUCUAUCUGCAGGGCGGCGCGCGCAAGGAGCGGCGGUCCCUAGUGCCCCUCGCUUCGACCACUACAAGAACUGAGGACGUCGGAAAUAUCCCCAUGGUGGUCGACCUCCAGGAUGUAUCGCUAAGAGAGGCGAACGGCAGGGGCCGGGAAAAAAAGCAACACGUUGCCGUUGACAUGCGGAGCUCAAGUCCAGACGCGAACGCAAGUACAGGCGGACCAGAACAAGUAGCUGUGGCAGUACCACCGAGUACGGACGCUGAGGGCGUCGCUGCUGCACCUGCAGGCUCCUCCACUUCCGCCAAUGCUGCGAAGUUGGCGACCGUGGGUGGAAUGAAGGCCGGUCUGGGCGAGGGCGCAGAUGUGCUAGAUUAUGCCGGGGAAGAGGCCGGGGAGUAUGACGAGGAGGAAGAGUACUACGACGAGGAAGAGGAGUACUACGAUAUCCUGAGCAAAAUCCUCCCCAUCUUCCCAGAGUCAAGAGGGGGACUUUGCAAGACAAACAGAGAAGUUUUUUGGAGUCACGCAUGACAAGUUGCAGUCCGUAGUGUAUUGCAGGUUGGCAAAUACUACAGCCGCAUUACAAAUCCAUCUGCUUAUUCUAAUUUAUUACAGCAUUACAAAUCCCAAAACAUCAAAAUUGAAAAAUCCCUACCACAGGGAUGCGCGUCGCAAAUGUUCCUGUCAUUGCAAACCUGCGUGACACAACUCUAUCUAUGGUGGGGAUGUUUUGCCGCAGGAUAUAGUACGACGAGGAGGAAGGCGAUAGCGACGACUAUUACGAGGACGAGGUACAACAAGGACCACCGCUUGUUGUUCCGUCCGCCGGUCCUCCUGCCGCCUCCGGUAGCGCAGCUGCUUCACCGGUCCCAGUGGCUCCACGGUCGGCAGCCGCGGCCGCUGCUGGUGUGGCCAGCGCAGAACAGCGAACGCAGGCGUCGCCACUCCGUGCUGCUACCGAACAAGUCACCUUCUUGA